ACGAGGGGCGUCUCCUGUACAUGGGGCAGAACGAAUGGACCCACGUGAACUGCGCCCUGUGGUCGGCCGAGGUCUUCGAGGAGGGCGACGGAACUCUCCGGAACGUCCACGCCGCCGUGGCCAGGGGCCGACAGAUGCGCUGCGAGCACUGUGGCCGCCCCGGGGCCACCGUCGGCUGCUGCUUGGCCGCCUGCGCUGCCAACUACCACUUCAUGUGUGCCCGGCGCUGCCAGGCCGCCUUCCUCAGGGACAAGAGAGUGUUCUGCCAGCGCCACGGGCGGCUCCUGGGCGGGGAC